GGGUGGAGAGCUGGAGUCCGGCGCAUGCGCACUGACAGCCUGGGUCUAGCUGCUGGGCUGUGCGCAGGCGCGGUGCGGCGCCCGUGGGAACCCAGUGGUGGUUUGACGUUGGCCUCAGAAAUGUGUGGAUGACGGUGGCUGGGCUGACCCGCAGGAUUGGUCCGGUGAGGAGAGUACGUCGUGAGAUUUGCUUUUGAUUAACUGUCAAACCUUAAAUGGUCCUCUGAGAGAAACAAAAUCUGAAAAGGUGAGAUUGAAAUUAAAUGAUUUAAAAUAGUAUUUGGGCAUUCACAUUUCCAUUGGUGCUAAAAUAUAUCUGAACAUGGAAUGGAAUUCAGAACUCCCUGAAAGAGAGCUGGUGUCCAAAGAGUUGAUGUCACACAGCCUAAGGCCUGAUAGGCAUACAAGUUGGAGCUGGACAGUGGUUGUCCAUUCUGGUCACACUGGUGGAGGCUGUGCUUCUAAAAGCGAGCUCUUCAAACUUAUAUCUCAAUUACUCCUAACAAGGAUAAUUAGAAUUUUCUUUCUCAGAUUAAGGGUUUGAGAAAUUCCUGAUAAGAUGUACUGUUCCCUAAAGUUUAUUUUAAUUGUAAUUUUUUUAAACUGCCAGCAUUCAUCUUUGAAUACCAGCUUUGACGACUUAGAUGCUCGUAAAGCUUCCAAAGUUAACACGAUAAUUAUGUUCUGCAUUGGUGGCGGUAUCCUUUUGGCUAUGCUUGUGCUGAUGGCUGCUGUCAUCUGUCUUUACUACAAAGUAGCCAACGCAUUGAAAGUUCCAAAGGUACCUAUUUGUUCGGCCUUAAAAAAUAAUCCAGCCAUGGUCACCCAGGACAAGGUCGCUGCGGCCAUCACCACUGGGCCUUAUCCCAACCUCCAAUGCUGUGAUGAAUGUAACUUGUAUGCUGGCUUUGAUGCCCUGCCACCAUGCUUCUGUGAUGCAAACGAGGGACUCUGACUUGGGUGGGCAUAAAUAUCUUUGUGAGCAAUAUUUCUUUCUUAGUAGAAUGUUUUA